AUGAAGCAAAAGAUUGUGAUGAAGGUUUCUAUGAACUGUCAAAAGUGUCGCACAAAGGCACUCAAAGUUGUCGCAUCAGCUAACGGUGUGAGUUUUGUGGGAUUAGAGGGAGAAGAGAAAGACAAGUUAAUGGUAAUUGGAGAUGGUAUAGAUGCUGUCAAGUUGACGAAUUGUUUGAGGAAAAAGGUUGGAUAUACUGAAAUUGUCAGCUUAGGAGAAGUUAAAGCCAGUUGA